AUGGUUAGAUUCGAACGUCAAUCAAUCACAAAAAGAUUAUUAUUUACUGAUUUGAACGAAUGUUAUGAUUUCAUUGAAAAAACAAGAGAUGAACAAAUAUUUAUUAUUGUAUCUGGAAAACUCGGAGAAAAAUUAGUACCACUUGUUCAUAAAUUUGUUCGACUCGAUUCUACUUAUGUAUUUUAUGGACAACCAUCACUUCACAGAUGGACACAACAAUGGAAAAAGAUAAAACUUGUUACUAAUCAAAUUGAACCUAUUUGUCAAUCACUUGUAAGGGAUCCUGCACAAUGUGAACAAGAUUUGACCCCAACUAGUAUUCUAUCGUUGAAUAAUUCUUCGAAUCCGGAUUUGCAACAAGUUAAUUCAUCAUUUAUGUAUUCACAACUAAUAAAAGACAUUCUAUUGGAAAUAAUCUAUGGUGAACCAGCGAAUCCGAUCGCAUGGGGCUCAUUUAUCGUUUAUCGAGGUCAACGAAUGCUUGAUGAUACAUUUAUUGGACUAAGAAAUAAUAUUGGUGGUAUAUUUACAUUCAAUAAUUUCCUUUCUACUACUGAUGACUGGAAUGUCGCGAUGAAAUUUGCACAAAGAUCUACAGAUCAAGAUGGUAAAACUUCUGUUCUAUUUGAAGUAGAAGUUGAUCGAACUGUAAUAACAACUCCAUUUGCUUCAUUAAAUGAUAUUAGUUAUUAUAAUGAAAGAGAAAAAGAAAUUCUUUUUUCGAUGCAUACCGUUUUUCGAAUCGUUCAAGUCAAAGAAAACAAUGAUCAUAUAUGGAAAGUUAGCUUGAAAUCGGUGAGCAAUAACGAUUUACAAAUUAUACAAUUAACUGAACAGAUAAGACGAGAAAUUGGGGAAGGAAGUGCGAUCGAUCGAUCAGGUCGAUUAAUGAUUACAUUAGGCGAACUUGACAAAGUCGAAGCAAUGUAUCAACUAUUACUUGAUUCAACACAUAAUAAUGAUGAAAAAACAAUUGCUUCAAUAUAUAAUCAAUUGGGAUAUAUUAAAUAUAAACAAGGAAAUGAUCUGGAAGCUCAAACAUUCUAUGAAAAAACACUUAAAAUCUAUAAACAAAUUCUUCCAGCAAAUCAUCCUUGGUUGGCUACCGCUUACAAAAAUAUUGGUCUUGCCCAAAUAUCUAUGGGAGAACACAUGGCUGGACUUAAUAAUCUUCAAAAAGCUAUGAAUAUACGAAAAGAAGUACUUCCAUCUAAUCAUCCAUCGAUAGCUUCUAUAUUCAGCACCAUUGGUGAAGUAUAUCAAGAAGCAGAAGACUACUCGACUGCCCUCACCUUCUAUCGUGAAGCAUUAGAUAUUGAAAACAAAGCUUCUCAUGUUAAUUAUUCAAGCUUAGCUAUGACUUAUUACAAAAUGUCGAGAAUAUUGAGUAAGCUCCAACAAUAUGAUCAAGCCCUGAUAUGUGCUGAACUUGCUGUUCAAUCAAAUCAAAAGUCUUCGACACCAAAUAAUAAAGAUACAAUAAAGUUUAAAGAAAAUUUCGAUCAACUUCAAACGAAACUAUCAUGA